AUGUUAUUAUCAAUUUCAAUUCUCCUCAUAUUUUUCUUGAAUUCAGCAAAAUCUUUCAAUUAUUCUCCCGAUGUUCUUGGCUAUAAUUUAUUUGAAAGAUAUAUGAAUCUAAAUGGAAACUCAAACCCAUAUAAACUUCUCACAGCGAAUUUUACAUCAAAAGGUUUUAAUGAUAAUCUGGUUUGCAUACCGUAUCGCGAUUUUCCAAAUCAUGCUAAAAUUAUGAAAAAAUUAUUGGAACCUGCAAUUAUUUAUCAAGCCAAAUUCGAAAAUGAGAGUUGUUUGGAAUUUCGAAUAAGUGGAUUUGAUGGAAAUUAUGCUGUCAAAUAUAUUGCAAUUGAUGAAGAUAAAAAUGGAAAAAGUUGGAAAAUAGAUUCGGAAAAAAGAGUAAAGGAUAGUAUUAAUUUGAAUUUAUAUCCUAAAUUGAGAUCGAAUAUAUCGAAUAGAUUGACAUUGGGAAAUGAUCCAAGAAAACCUUUUUUCGAUUUGUUUAAAGCGUUUUUAGCUCUUAAUGAGAGUAGUCAACGAAGAAAUUUAGUGUUCCCAACUUAUAAAAUCAGUGGACCAGGUGGAAGAAUUGAAGUGAAUCCAAAUACGUUUUUAGAACAUAUUUCACUUAUGCGAGAUCAAUUCAAAACUGCUCAUUUCUAUAACUUUGUUUUCAAAGAUAAUGAUCGAGUAGAUUUCAGUGUCAAAAUAAACCGAUUCAAUGGAAAAACAUCGAUAGUGCAUUACAGCUUAGAGAAAAUAUCUCGAGUUUGGAUGUUCAAAGAAGAAUUCAAUGAUGGUGAAUAUUUGGAGGGGAAACAUCCAAAUAAUACAAGACUGAACAUUUUGAGAUGGGGACCAAUGUUUGAAAACUUUUGA